UCAAACGGUCGCUUCCGUGCGUUCGUGGUAAGCGCGGGCUUACGCUUCGGUGACUGGUAGAAAGUGGUUCCUCCUCGUCGUCGCCUUGGUGUGUUCGCCGUGAAUCCUGUUGGCCACCCUCUUUCACAGUGAUAUCAAUUGCGUUGCUUCUGUUUGACCUGUUCCCUCAGUGAUGGCGUUAAGUAAAGUGAUACGCCUUCUUGGUGGCCAUUUGCGCCCCUUUGAACCACGUUCACAAUCGGGUUUGUUCCGGUUAGCGGCCGUGACUACGACACAUGGAUCGCUAUCGGAUCGACGUAGCUUGGGAACGAGUCCCUCGAUGUGGCAGGAGAAGCUGGCUACUAAGAGUGUGCAGAAACACGAUUGGAAUCGGGCCGUCAGCGAGGCCGAGAAGAUCGUCGGCUAUCCGACCUCGUUCCUGAGUCUGCGCUGGCUGCUGAGCGACGAAAUCGCAAACGUGGCGCUUCAUCUACGGAAACUCGUCGGCAGUAACCAUCCAUUGCUGAAAACGGCUAAAACGCUGAUCUACAACGACAAAAACCAGCAGGCAUGGGGACUGAUAGUGUUGCUGGUAUCGAAAGCGGCCGGCCACACGAUGGCCAUCCCGGAUAUGGAACAAGACAAGAGUGCCGGUGUGCUGCAUUCGCAGCGUGCGUUGGCCGAGGUCACCGAGAUGAUCCGCACCUCGCAUUUAGUCCACCAGGGAAUGCUGAACUUGCAGUCGUUCGACAAUGCUGGUAACGAUCUGAGCGGUGAUAGUGACAUGAUCUUUGGCAACAAAAUCGCUCUUCUCGGUGGCGAUUAUCUACUGGCCAACGCUUGCCAGCAGGUUGCUACGUUAAGAAACCAGGAUCUGAACAUGCUCAUCUCAUCGGCGUUCCGCGAUUUGGCCGAAUCGAACUUCAUCGGUGAGCGAGAUGAACAGAACAACCCGUUGCCGACGAAGCCGUCCCCAGGGUCCAAAGAUUUGGCCACGGACGUGAACAGCUUAGACGAUUUGGGAUUCGGUGAUCUGGAGAACAAUACGGAACCGCUGAAGAUUGACGGCGCUAUUGGUAACCCAGAGAAGGAGUGGUCUCUGAGGCACGUGCUCGGUGGUGGUACUCUGCUUGGUAAGAGCUGCCAGGGUGCGAUGAUGCUCGGUGGUCACCCGGAGGCGCUGCAGAAGCAGGGAUAUCUCUUCGGCAAGCACCUCUCGCUGGCAUGGCAAGCGUGUAUCGAUUUGCAACCGUUCUUACUACCGAAACUUCCACCAGGUGCUCAGCUUAGCCUGAUAUCGGCCCCAGUACUGUUUCAUCUCGAGCACGACAACACACUGUACGAUGAGAUCGAGAAGGGUCGCCGUUCGGUGGAUAACAUCGAUUACACCAAAGUGCACGAGGCAGUGUUGAAUGGUCCGGGGCUCGAGAAGACCAAGAUUCUUCAGCGCAAGCACAGCCUAGCGGCGAUGCAGGUCCUAACGGAGCUGCCCGCCACGGAUGCGCGGACCGCCCUACAAAACAUUAUCCUGGCCAUGCAGGAACUGUGAGGAAGGGGCCUGAAAGGCGCCAGAAUUGC